AUGAGCGAGGCCGGGCCCUCGUCCUCGUCGCCGCCAGUUUUACCUGAUCCAAAUAAGGAGGCGCCUCUCUUAGAUGCGGAGCGUGGGUUUACAGCGCAAGAUUUGAUUGAACAGCAAGAGCGGCUGGAAGCUCAAGCAAACGAGGCCAUUCCCUUCCGCUUUGACGAGUGUACAUUUGCGCGUGGCUACAUCCGCCAGCCUGUAUUUGCGUGCAAAACAUGUGGUCAUGGGGGCAUAUGUGCAGGCUGUAGUGUGGCAUGCCAUGGCGAUCACGAGCUCGUUGAACUAUUCCAUCGGCGUCACUUUCGAUGCGAUUGUGGCACACCAAACUUGUACCGCCUCUGUCCAGAUACCCCUCAUAAGCGCGACACAGGCUACCCCGCCGAUGCUAGGCCAUGCCAGCUGCGUUCAAAAGAUGUAAACAAAGGAUGGGAUGUACCGAACGACGAAAAUGUGUACACCCACAAUUUUGAAGGCGCGUUUUGUCGAUGCGAGCGCGGUAAGACGUACGAUCCAGACACCGAAGACGAGGUAAUGUACCAGUGCCUUGUAUGCGAAGACUGGUUCCAUGAAUCGUGCUUAUCGCUGCGCCCGUCGACGCAGUCCAAGCCCCUUCUCACAACGUCCCAGUUCGAUGUACUCUUGUGUGAUGCAUGCAUGCGCCAACCCUCGGCGUGGUUGCUUCGUAGGUACGCUGGACAGCCAGGGUGGCUCGUGCCUGUGCCUCCCAAGGACGACGACCCUUCGUGGCGCACUUUAGGAAGUACGUCGUCGGAUGAUAAUGCGACGGAGCCCAUGACCAAACGCAGGCGCACUGAGUGCAGCAAACCAGCUUCUAGUGUGUUGGGCAGCGUGCCAGGACGAUGGGAUGUGUAUUUAACCCACCAAUUCCGUGACGCGCUGUGUCGAUGUGAGGCAUGUGCGAAGGCAUGGGAGUCGUAUCCAUACGUCUGGGACGAGGAAGAGACGUACGACCCACCGAUGGACCGGGACGAUAGUGCAUCAGCGACAUCGACGUCUUCAACGUACGAGCGCGGGAUGGCGAUGCUUUCUCAACUGCCACGGCCUCAAAUGCUCGAGUCGCUUCGUGCGUACCAGGAACUACGUGAUGCGCUCUUUGAACACUUGCGUCCGUAUGCAGAGAGCCAUGAGCCGGUCAGUGAAGAGGCUAUCAUGUAG